GCCUCGCUCGGAAGUUAACCAAGCUUGUGUCAAAAACAAGGGUUUGUUUUACAAUCCAUGCACAGCGUAAACCGUAUCAGUAUCUUUACAGACAGAGCACCUGUACCGCGCAGGCUCGUUAUCGGAUUUCCAAAUGCUUUCAUGGUCUCCUGGCAGCGUCUGAAUGGGAUCGGCUGUCAGACACCAGGGCUUAGCCUUGCAUGGGUUUAGCUAAUUAGCUAGCUUGCUAGCUGGAGGCCGUCUGGUUUUCUUGUAACAAUAAACGCAGCUUGUCUUUAAUUCUAUCAGGUAAUGUGAGGUGUCAGAAAUGAAUUAGCGUGGCUUAGCUUUAGCAUUAAAUACCGCCAUACAGACGUGUAAUGUCUUAACAUGAUAGUUGUACUGGAUAAUCAGCUAGACAGCCUUGUAGUUUUUACUAGCAGAUGGACUUAAGUCUGUCUUUGGUUAAAUGAUAUCACAGUGCGCAGUGUUACCGCGUUAGUUAACAUAAAUUGUGUAUAAACGCCUAAUUCACGUAUCAUUUAAAUAUCAUCAAACCACAGGGAGGAUUUUACACUAGUUGUAUUUAUCGGAUACCGGUCAGUAAAGGUGAGGGUUAUGUUAGCCAGCGAGCUCAUGUUCAGGGUGUUGUGGAGAAUCUUUUCAGUGGGUUUCUGUGGUGUUUUUGAGUUGUGGGCUUACACUCCAGCUCUGUUGCUUCAUUAACUAAUGAAGUAUAAUCCAUAGGCUGGUAAAAUCACCGGUUUGCGUUGUUAAAAUCGUUGGUGGGCCAGUGUGUGGUUAAAUUUGACCUCGUUUCAAUUAAUUGGUCACAAUCGCUUACAAUGAAAAACUGUGAAUACCAACAAAUUGAUCCCAGAGCCCUCGGAACCGCAGCGUCCACACCAGCUUCCACUCUACCACAUCUGAGCAAAGAGCUUCCUCAUCCGAGGAGAAAAUGGGAAGUGUUUCCUGGAAAAAACCGCUUUUACUGUAAUGGACGCAUCAUCGUGGCGCGUCAGUGCGGUGUGCUGCCUCUGACCCUCAGCCUUAUUGUCCUCAACACUACCUUAUUCUUUAUCUUCGAUUGCCCUUUUCUGGUGGCUCACCUCACCAUGUGCAUCCCAGUGAUUGCUGGAGUGCUUUUUCUCUUUGUGAUCAUCACCCUUUUUCGCACCAGUUUUACAGACCCAGGGAUCUUACCCAGGGCUUUACCAGAGGAGGCUGCUGACAUUGAGCGCCAAAUAGAUAAUUGCGGCUCAGCUACAUAUCGACCCCCACCUCGAACUAAAGAGAUCCUUAUAAAUGGACAGCUGGUCAAACUCAAAUACUGUUUCACCUGCAAGAUGUUCCGUCCACCCCGAACAUCACACUGUAGUCUGUGUGACAACUGUGUAGAGCGCUUUGACCACCACUGCCCAUGGGUAGGGAAUUGUGUUGGAAAGCGCAACUACCGCUUUUUCUAUACUUUCAUAGUUUCAUUGUCCUUCCUUACCUCCUUCAUUUUUGGCUGUGUGAUCACGCACCUCACUUUAAGAUCACAAGGUGGGAAAGGCUUCGUACAUGCCUUACAGGAGAGUCCAGCUAGUGUUGUGGAACUGGUUGUAUGUUUCUUCUCUAUCUGGUCUAUCCUGGGUCUGUCAGGCUUCCAUACCUACUUGGUGGCUUCCAACCUCACAACUAAUGAAGAUAUUAAAGGCUCUUGGUCAAGUAAAAGAGCUGUGGAAGAAUCUGGGAACCCUUACAGCUAUAACAGCAUCUUCACUAACUGCUGUGUGGUGCUGUGUGGGCCAAUGCCUCCCAGCUUGAUUGACAGAAGAGGGUUUUUACCUCCUGAUGUCAUCCCUCAAAUGGUCUCAUCUGAAACUGAGAUCCAUCCUUUUAUGAAGAAGAAUGACACCAACAUGUGCACACAGGGUGCCAAGGAGCUUUUGGAGUCAGUUUCUCACUCGUUGGUGGUCAAGAGCAGCUGCAGCUCAGCCACACGCAAGACCACUCAAGUGACCGACGAGAAUCUGCUAACUACUACUGUCUCGAGCAAUUUCAAGUCACAAUCUGGUAGGCCUUCUACCAGCUGCUUUGGAAGACAGAAACCCCAUCCGACGGACAGGGCGUGCCCUCAGCAAAUGAGCAAAAAAGCCACACUGGAUGCUCAGACACUUAGUGUCCAUCUUUCACUCUAUUCUAUUAGCCAUGGUUCUCUCAUUCUCAGUGAUGCUUCUGACAUGGGCUUUCUCCCUCUGACCUGAGUACAGAUGCUCCAGCCCCAGCAGACAAGGCAUAGCACCCGUCCCCCAUUCACUCACUGCACUGGAACAUACAUUCCCUGUUUAAAAGUGAGAAAUGGUUAACAGAUGGCAUUUCACUCAGGAAGUUCUCAGGGGUCACGCUGUCUCUAAACAGUGUGGGGAAAAAAUGCCUGUUGGACCUAAGGUUUAUUUAACGAAUUUGUAAACAGAAGAUUGAUUUAGUGUAAAUGCUGGUUCUCUGUUUCGUCUGCAGUGUGGGAAUAGUGGGAAGCACAAUACACGUUUGACAAGAAAGGGUCGUUUCCUGUUCUCUCCACACUGCGCACAGCUGUGUUUGGUGUUCCGCUAAGACUUGAGCCAUAUUUAAGAUUUGCACAUUGCCUUGCAUUCAUAGCUGUAACCUUUGUUUAAAGAUCAGAGUUGUGUAAGGGAAGUCUCCUGACAUGUGCAGUCCAAAUAGGCCUCAAAUACGGUAUAUAUCCAUUAUGAUCUGUGAAAUGCAGAAAGAGAUAAGUAAUCAAAUUUAAUUUGUACAUGAUUACUUCAUGAGUGAAUGAGUGUUCAAGUAUGUAUCAUGAGAGUAGUAAAGGCUACUUAUUUGUGUAUUGAUGGUAAUUUGUUGGUCAGUUAUUUAAGCUCUGUAAGUAAAUGACUAGUAAGUGGCCCUCAAACCUUUAACUUCAGCAUUGGAGUAGUUACAUAAACGGAUGUGAGCUCCUCCAAUAUUAUCAGUAAGAGAAAAUGGGACGGGAGAGUUGUACCUCUAUUUAGUAGUAUAUAUCAAUGAAGCAAAACUUUGCAGCAUGUGUUUGGGUUAAAGCACCACGCUGAGGAAGUGACAUUCACUUUGCAAACAGUGUUCUUGGUCCUGGUCUUAAUAUCUUUAAAAAAAAUAAAAAAUCCGGAGAGGAGUAUUUUUGUUUUGUGCUGCACAGUACAGUGUAUCGAUUGUACGCAAGUGUAGUGAAACUGUCCUAGAAAACUUGGACUUCAUAUAAAAGCAAAAUUAAUUUUAUAAAUUAUACCUGAAGUAUGCGUGUUUGGUAAUGUUUUACUGUACUGUUCAUUCUACAUGUAAACAAAAAUAUUCAUUAAAUGUUCUGCUGUGUAUACUCUAUAGAUAUGCAGACAAGUUUGAGCACCAUUGUCUGAAGAUUGUUUUUGGUGGUUGACAUGAGUUGUAUAUUUUUGUUGUUGUGUUUUUUUUUUUUUUUUUUUUUUUUUUUUUUUUGAUGUUGGUUAGUAGAUAUUUUUGUUGUACCUAAACUAGAAGUAUUAAAUUCAGGGAUAGGUUUGCAAGAAGAAUGCAAAUAAAGAUGUGAUUUAGUAAAAGGCAGACAAAUAAUCUGACAAAAAAGGCAAUGUAUGGGCUUCAGAAAUGAGUUGAGAUGAGAUGAGAUGUACAUUUAUUGAUCCCCUGUAGGGGAAAUUCAAAUUGACACAGAAGCACAAGUAGGAUGAGUAACAUGAAAGAAAGAAAAUAAUUUCCAUAAAUACCUAUAUAAUAGAACUAUUAACUUUAAAACAGUUUUACAGCAACUUUGCUGGAAUUCACUACAUUAUACUGAGGGAAUUACUGUAGGAGAGACUGAAAAUGAUGAACAGAAGCUGGCUCGUGGUUUGAAUGUUUUCACAGAAGUGAAACUUGUCCAAAUGUGAUUGUCAUGUGAGCAUGUUGACAUCACACAUCAUACCAUUACUGUAGGUUUUGAGAAACAUAACACUUGACUGAAACUGGGGCUGUGAGAAUGUGUGUUCUAUCAUAUUUUUAGACUGGUCUCAUAAUUUAUUUUGCGUUAAUACUACUUCAGUUUAGAAGUAACUAUGCAAGUGUGCAUAGCCAAUACUGUAAAAGUGAUUGUUCCAUUACUAUAUACAGUACUGUGCAAAAAUCUUAGGCUCAUGCAAAGAAAUGUUGUUAAGCAGCGAGGCCAUCAGGCCAGAAGUAAAGAAAUGAAACAUUACUACGUAAAAAAAAAUACUGUAAAGGACAGUAAUAAACAAAGUUAAUAUUUGUUGUGACAGCCCUGUGAUUUAAAAACAACAACAACAAAAAAUAUCAAUGUUCUCUGGGUACAAUAUGUACAGUUUUAUAAGGAAUUUUAUGUUCAUCAGUCACCACUUGUGGCACUCUGAUUGAUUCCUGAAAACUGGUUGUCAACACUAGAUGGCACAUUUAUUCUUCACUAUAAACAAAUGCUCUGAUUGGCCAAGGCAAGACAGUCCAGAAUCUCAGGCCUAAGCUGCUCAUGUCCUGCACUGCUGAGUGACUUCCAUGCUCCAGUGAACAUCUCAUUAAGAGUUUGAUGAAGUGAUGUGUGAAAGAGCAACAAAAACAAGCUGUGCCGUUUUUUAAAAAUUUUUUUAAAGUUUUUUUUUAAUGAAUCUAGAUUUUACCCGAUAAAUAUCUUCUCAUUAAAGUUACAGGUUCUUCUACUUGAGCCUUAGACAAACAGUGCUGGUUCUUUGCCAGGUAUUUAUUCUUAGUUCUGUCUUUUGUCUAUGUAUGCGUUUUUACUUUUUAAUAAAAACAAAUGUAGCAAACAAAGAUGGAGAGAAGUCAUUAGUUGUGUAUAAGAUUAAAGCAGGAUGGGUAUAAUUUACGCUUCGAGUGGCUAUGAAAGUUGCUCCAAUACAAUUUGACAAUAAGGAGGAGGAUAUUUUUAAAACCCUGUAAUAAUAGAGUCAUGUCAUAAAUCCAAAACUUACAUUUCUGAUGCAUUCACUUGGGUCAUAGGUCCAGGAGUGCUCCCUGUCCUAAACAUGUUAGUGUUUUCCCUGCUCCAAGCAUAUUUUGGUCAUCUAAUCAGUUAAUUUAACUGCCCUUCAUGUGUUGAACUGAGUGAGAUAAAGCAGGGAAAACACUAAAAUGUGCAGGUCAGUGUUGGGAACUUGUUCUGAAGGUCCAGACAAUUUGACUAAGAAUAUGAUUAUUAAAACUUUGGCUAGCUUUUACUUCUUCUUUUUUUUUUUUUUAAUGACGAGUAUGGUAGUUCUAGUUCUGUGCCUUCUGUUACUGUAAGACAAAAUGUCUUUUGUUAUUCUUACAUUCCCAAGCAGGUUUAACAAGUAUCCACGUAACACAACGCAGCAGCAAUGAUAUCUAGGUGUGGCACAAAAAAUCAUUAAAAUGAUGAUUGUCAUCAUUUUAAUACAAUAGCCAUUUCUGUGAUAUCAGAAAUUUUGUCCUCAAUCGUGCAAACAGUAUGUUCUAAGCAAUAUAUGAGGCAGGAUGUGGGAUAAAAUUAAACCGUAGUGUAGAGGGCUUUGCAGGUGAUAGUCUUGCCUGCUCUAAAUGGCUCUUCAUUUGUAAUUGGAUCUGAAAUCUGGCAGGCAUUGGAUUAGAUUAACUAAAGGUAAGAGUUAUCUUGUGUUCACUCCAUGCACAGAUCUCUAUGUGCGUUACAAGUAGUAGUCAUCAUACAAAAGCUCAGUUAUGCCAAAUAAAUUGUAGAGAUCUUUAACAAUUCCCAGCUUACAAAUUCCCAAGAUCAGAUGGACUUUAUAAGGUGCUGGUAAGACGCACAGUAACCCGGAGCACUGGAAAGAUUCAUUCAUCAAAUUUUGUAUUUGUACAUUCUUUUCUGUUUGUGUACACAGACCAUUUUACCACCAGCACAGAAGUGAUCAUUUCACCAAGAAUUUCACACAUUAUUGUUGUAUACCAGUCUGAAAAUAAGAAAUAGCAUAUAUGCUUAUUGUAAUUAGCGAUCAUACAUUUGUCUUUUUUUGUUUGAUCAUAUCUUGAUGUGAUUUGGAGGCCAUAGACCCAGGUUUUUUGAAUGA